CGACAUUUCGCUCCUACGACGUUUUUGGUUUAAUUAUAUCUCCGUAUCCUUAGACCUUUUUCUAGCAGUAUAAAAUUGAUUGGCAAAGAUUCAACCAAAAGAUGAACACCAGUGAAGUUUUAGUCGAUCCCAACGUUUCUGUGGAAUUUGAAGUAUUUGGAAAAGUUCAAGGUUGUUCUUUUACCAAAUACUGCAAAGAUUUGUGUGAAGAGCUCAAUGUUGGCGGUUGGAUCAAAAAUACCAAAAGGGGCACAAUUACCGGAAAAAUCCAGGGACCUAAAUCUCGAGUGGAACAAAUAGUUUACUGGCUCUCUAACAAAGGUUCUCCUGAAAGCCAUAUAGAGCGAUGCGACCUAAACAACUGGCAAAUGUUGGCAAAGCUGGAUUAUACAAGUUUUACUAUUAGAUUUUAGUAGUUACUCAUGAUAUUAUAUGUGUUAAUUAAUAAGCUUUUGUAAUAUAUCUAAGCAUUCGCUUACUGAAAAUUA